UCCUGAACAUGAUCUGACUUCAGUAUUUCCAUCAGUAAUAACACCGUCUCCUCAAUAAAAAGGCUCAGGGGCUGAGAACCCACCAGAGGUUGAUCCUUAAAUAAAGCAAACAUGGAUCGAGUGAAGACCUUCCAUGAAGACAUCCCAGAGAGACGCUGCAAGCCGUAGGGCCCUGGAGCCCUGUGUGCCGCACAGCCGCCUGCAGCGACCGCAUGGCGUGAGGGCAACGGGGAGCACCCACCUGGAGGAAGCCCUGGCCGUGUGAGCUCUGCCCACCUUGGGGCCACGAAGGCCGCUGAGCGAGAGCGUCCCGCGGAGCAGCGUGAAGAUGGAGACCUCGGUCUCCGAAAUUCAGGUCGAGAACAAGGAGGAGAGGCGCUCGGCGGAAGCCAGCCCUCGGGGUGAGAGGCCGGGGGACAAGGCGGCCACGCUGUGCUUCAAGCGAAGGAAGAAAGCAGCCCCGGCGCCGAAGCAAAAGCCGAAGCCCGCGGCGGGCUGUGAGGCCCCGGCCGCCGCCAGGCCUGGCCCGGGCCCCGCGGGCACUGGAGCUUCCCAUCAGCCCCCGCGGCGCGCAGGAGCCUGGGCCUCCCUCCAGCGCCUCGUGACGCGCCGGAAGCGGGCGGAUUCCGCGCAGGCGCAGAUGCGUGUGGAGGCGGAAGUGCGGUCGGACGUCCGAGCCGAGGACGCCGCCCUGCCCAAGAAGAGGGUGAGAUCCAGGCUUAAGAUUCCUUGCGUGAAAUUCUCAAGAGGGGGCAAGAAGGGCGCGCGGUCCCAAAUUCUCGAGGACUCCGACUGCAGCGGCAGAGUCCAUGGAGAGGCGGAAGGGUCGACUACCCGGGCCCGGACCCCGUCGGCCGAGCGGGCAGCCAAGGCCGCGCCGGCCCCGGCGCCCCCGGAGGCCUCUGAGGCCCCUGGCCGCGGCCGUGGGCCUUCCGGGGAGCAAGUGAUCGCCGUGGAGCUGGGUUCCGAUGGCGGGCGGCCUGCUGCGCUCGUCCUCGGGAAAGACAGCGACACGGCGCAGGAGGAGGAGGAGGAGGAGCCGGCCGUUCAAGCCCCGCCAGCCGGUGCGCCCGAGGCUGCAGGCACGGAGCAGCGCCAUGAGGCAGAAGCCGAGGACGGCGUCCCCGAGAGCCGGCCGGGUCGGGAAGACUCGGAGGGAGAGGUGGCCGGGGCGCAGACCGAGCCCGAAGACUCUGGAUUGCGCCAGGAAUCAGAUUGGAAAGAAAAUGGCGUCCCUGCAGAGAAACCCCAAGCAGAGGAGAGCAAAAGGAUGGAGCCCAUUGCCAUUAUUAUCACAGACACCGAAAUCAGUGAAUUUGAUGUGAAGAGGUCGAAAAAUGUCCCCAAGCCGUUCUUAGUUUCAGUGGACAAUGAUGAUGGUGUGGAGGGGAGAACUUCAGAACAGUAUGAGACGCUCUUGAUAGAAACAGCGUCUUCGCUCGUCAAGAAUGCCAUCCAGUUGUCUAUAGAACAGCUGGUCAAUGAAAUGGCUGCUGAUGAUAAUAGAAUAAACAGCCCCCUGCAGUGACUUCAUUUCUGGAUCCUGGGAGAGGGCCGAAAGCUCGUGGUGAAUUAUUUUCCACAUUUAUGGCAUUUUAUUUAUUUUUUAUUCAGUGCCAAAUGAGAACUCCUACAAAACUCUCUGGUCCACUGAGACGCAGUCACUUCCGGAUUGGAGGAAGUCUGUGCAGACUUGGAAUGCCGAGUGAAGCGCUGGGCGUCGCUAAGAUGGGGUGUUGAAUGGAGAGCUUUGGGGAGAAAGGAUGUAUUUAUCGAGCACUUACUGUAUGCCCCAGGCUCUUCCAUGUCCUCUGAUGUCACAGAGUCCGGUUGAAACAUUUUUUUCAAAAACUUUUUCUGACAGUGCGUUUUUAUCUUGUUUAAGAUGAUGACUAGGGUGAGCUCUUUUAGUGACAUGCGAUUUUUAGUUAUUACACUCGUAAAGCAAGUCGUCUCACCUCAAGAAAUGUAUUUUGUCAAUUUCAGCAGUGAGUGUGCAGAAUACGCAUGUUGGAAUUAAACGUAAGUGGUUUCUAGUCUUGAGCACUGUUCCUUGCAAAUGCCACUCACUGGUUCCUUCAGCCAGGCACGUACAAAAGUGUGGAAAGAGUGCAUCGUUCCUCCCCAUCUUCCUCCUGCCCCAGUAGGCCUGGAUAUAUCUAUUUCUACAGAGGCUGAUCUGCUAAAGAAAAAAAAAAAAAAAAAAAACAAAAGCAAGACAAAGAGAAGGUUACUUUUUGUCCAAUAGAAGGAAGGAGGCAGACUUCCCAAGUAGCAAAUGGCCACGGCUCACCAUAACACUGGCCUUGCACAAUCACUUCUGAGAAGCUGGUUUGUCAGCCUCUCCUCCCAGAGGGGAGAGUAAAGGACGUCAGAUCCAGGCUUGGAAGUUAAGGUCCUAGGAGGCCACAAUAAUUUAGUGAAAACGUCACUGAUUCGUGGCCAAGAAUGAGCCAUGGGCAUGGUUGACUAGAAAGAGCAAAGUUAUUGCUACAGCACAUUUUAUUUUAAUUGCCAGUAUUCUUUCAUUGUCUCUAGGUGUUGAGAGACCAGCAAAAAGCUUUUUCCAUGGAUAUUGAAAAUCAAGUUUUUCAUUGUGAUUUUCAGUCCAGUUAGUACUUUACCAAGAGGAAAAGGGCUUAUUUGCAAUUUACACAGUUAUUUAAAGGGUAGCUUCUGAUCUCAUCAGUGAUUGCUGAAUUUGUUGACGUGCAAAAGUAUCUCCACAUUUUCCUACCUUCAUGCUUGUAGCCUUUGGGAGAAAUCCUUCAGCUUAGCAAGAUGGAAAGUGGGUCUUUCUACAUACAUGACCCAAGAAAUAAAUUUCUUCAAAUUCUACAAUUCUUAAGCAUGAAGGAAAAAAACCGCUAAGUCAUUCUGAAAAGACUCUUCAGUUCACUAUAUGUGGUGCUAACGGACUUGAACAGCUACCAGCAAAACUUCUAUCACAUUAAAAAGUGAACAGUGGGCAAACCCGAUGAAGUUGAGUGCAUUUAGCCCUGUUUGAAGACUCUGGUCUUCAUUUUCUACAAGGAUGGCUCCAAGCCAACAUAUCUGCAUUGGAAGCUUUCACUAAUUGCUUAAGAAUGAGCAUAGCACUUAUGAGUUAUUAAAAAUAUUUUUGGAAGGUUUAGACAUUUGGGAUUUUUAAAAGCAGUUGCAAGGUCUUUUUUGGUUAAGAAAGUAACUUUUUAUCUAAGUAGUAGGUUUUUUUUUUUUUCCACUGUGCUCUUAUAGGUAUUUUUGGGUAGAAUAUAUUAUUGUCUUUAUGAUGAGAUGUGUGUUCACUUGCAUCCAUCCCUAAGCAAUUUCCCCUCAAUCUUUUCUGAUGAGAGGAUCUCUUUGGAAAAGGAAUCUGAAAAUUAAUUGGUCUCAGUCUCAUUCCAUCCGCUAUGUGGCCAGAUCAUUUUACAGUGAAUUCUAGGGUGACCCAACUUGUUUAAUUGUCAUAGAAAUAAUCAGGAAUCAGAUGGCUUACAAGUCUCAAAAAUAUUUUUAUUAUAAUGGUAUUUAUUUUAAGUAAUUUGACCUUAAAUGCAAAACAUUCACUGAAUGUAAAUAGGUUCUGAUGCAUCCGGUUGACAACAUAAAAAUGUUCAUUUAAAAGGUUUAAACUUAACACCACAUUGAUUUUCAUCUAAAUGCUGCUUUUAGUGCUUUUAUUUAUUAGCUAGGGUUCAGUUUCUCUUUGAACUUGGAAUUUUACAGGAUUGGGGGAGCUAAUCAAAUAUUUGUUCAUUUUUUUCAGCAUAUUAUAUCCCUUCUCUCUUUUUUUUUUUUUUAAGGUUUAUUUAUUUAUUAGAGAGGCAGAGAGAAAGAGGGAGGUCUUUCAUCCUCUGGUUUACUCCCUAAAUGGCUGCAGUGGCCAGAGCUGGGCCAAUCUGAAGCCAGGAUCCAGGAGCUUCCCCCAGGUCUCCCAUACGGGUGCAGGGGCCCAAGGACUUGGGCCAUCUUCUGCUUCUUUCCGAGGCUGUAGCAGAGAGCUGGAUCAGAAGAAGCCGGACUCAAACCGGUGCCCAUAUGGAAUGCUGGCACUGCAGGCAGUGGCUUUACCCGCUUGGCCGUGGUGCCAGCUUCUGUGUUCCCUCUUUUAAGAGUCAAGUUUGCUUCUUACAACCCAGAGAUUAUGAAAAGUCUCCCUUAUUGUAUGUAGCACUGUGCACUUGCCAUUUUUUUCAAACCACCUUAUAGGAUACAAAAAUAGUUCCUGGUAACAUUGAAGUAAAAGUAGCAGAAAACAAAAGAGCUUUCAAACAGAAUUAUGUUCCCUGCCACCUCCUCCACCUCAAAGAAUAAUAAGCAGGUGGCACAACUGGAGUUCUUCAGAGAAGCUGUCUGCAUAAUUUUCUUCCAAGGUAAUGCAUCUGACAGCAUGAAGUUUGCGAUGAUCUCAAUUGUUCUACUGUUUAGUAGGGCCUUAGAGACGCUUUGAUUUACUCCAGAGAGAGGAUGUCGUUUCACCAGUACAUACGGAUAGGCAUCUCGCAGAAAUUGGGCUCAGAAUCACCAGAGACCAGUCACAUCUGGCUCCACGCAAUCCGGUUAAUUUCAUCUGUAUAUUUCUAACUUCAAGUUGCCUUAUUUUUUACAGUUAAGAAUUUUUUAGGGGUUUACAGCAGAAUUUUAAAAAAAUAAUUGUUAGACUUUGGAAUUCCCCUUUUAAUGUCAACUUUAUUGAGAUGUGAAGUGUACAUUCUAAUUUCCUCUGAUAAGCUACACAUCAGAGUUUGACUUUUCUGUCUGCCAAUCUGCAUUUUUAAUAUCUUCAAGGUUGAGAGUUCUUUAGGUUCAAAUUUCUAUGGUGUUUUAUUGUGUAAUAUGAAAUUUUUUGUACAGAAUUCCAAAUUUUGAUCCUAGUACUUUUUUGAAAUAUAAUUUUUUUUUUAUAAUCCUUAUUCAGUUACCAAGAAAUUAUUAGGAAGAAGUGACGUAAAACUUGGGUGUCAUGAUUAAAUUCCUUCUGAUUUAACACAUGUGUUAGGCAUAACACAAGCCAGAAGCUGUUUAAUGAUGGGACAGGUUUGCUGGCCUCCAAGGGCUCAGCUUAGGGAGCAGUGAUGAGAGGAACUAGGGCAGGGGUGAAGGCUGAGAGCCCUGGACGAUUCUGCCGCUCAAGUGCCAUGUAGGGGAGAAGAAAGCGCUGCUGAUUGUUCUGGCGUGGGGCAGGUGUGGUGUGCAUACAGCAGUCUGCAGGCUUUCAGUCCCUGAGCAGUUACACAAUGUAUUCACUCUGAUUUGUGACGAGGUGCAGGAAGAAGCCUGCAUAAUGUUACAUAUUUAUAGUAGUCCUUUGUCUGUAAAAAUGUUAAGUGGAUGAGCUCUUAUGGAAGUAAAAUUCCAUUUUGUAUUUAUCAUUAGAAUUAGUAUUAUAUGACUGUGGCUCAGAUGCUAUUAUUAAAGAAAGAAGAUUCUGUGGAAAAAAGGCUUCAAGGUGAAUUCUCUGUGUGCUGAUGAUAAGUACAGAAUAAACGCUAAGUUGUGUUUGGCCAGACCUCUCCGAUGUGGGGAGGUGAUGUUCAGUUCCCAGGGCUGGAAAGAUCACACUGAACAUUGAUGGAUUCCUGAGUUAACACUGCCAGAGUUCCACAGGCUGUCUAGCAACCCGAGGGGUAACCUCCA